AUGACUGGAUACCUAUAAGGGAGUCCAAGCCGUACUGUUGUCCACAUACUCGUGAUUCCCAUCUUCGAAUUACAUUCCAACGCUCUAUACCAUGAACACGAUAGGCAGGUUAUGGGGAUACUCCGCGCAGCGCCAAACCAUAACUAUCCUCGCUGCUGCUGCUCUGUCCGGUCUAGACAUAGAUGUCCCUCACUUUGAGUUUGGAGUGACCAACAGGACUCCCGAAUUUCUGGAAAAGUUCCCGUUGGGAAAAAUUCCGGCAUUUGAGGACAAUACUGGUUUCGCUCUCGUCGAGGGAAUAGCUAUUGCGCGCCAUGUGUGUUCUCUCGCGCCGGAGUCCGGACUGCUUGGAAGAGAUGCUAGAGAACGGGCGCUGAUAGAUCAAUGGAUCCAAUUUUCCGAGUACGAGAUCUCGGCGUUCAACAUGGAAAUUCGAGCACUCCAUACCGGACGGCUUGGGCCACACAGCAGAGAAAUGUUUGAAGGCUUGUUUAACAGACAGGUACGCUUCCUUAGGUACCUAGAGACAUACCUCGCAUCGCGAUCCUCUGGCUUCUUGGUCGGAAACGAGGUAACCCUCGCCGACAUCGCGCUCGCGGCAUCAACCCAGCAGACUGGAAGGGUGACCUGUGGAGCCACCGAGAGAGCACUGUAUCCCAAUAUCUUCGCACAUUAUGACAAAGUAGUGUCUAUUCCAAGAGUGAAGGAAAUCUUUGGGGAGCCCGAAUUCGUGCAGGAAGUGUUGGCGUAUCAGGGGAGUCAAUAGACCAGGCCAAAUGUAUCGAAGCAGUCUAGACGUGUCGAGUGCACCUCACGUAAUGCAACGAAACGGAUACUAAUAGAUACUAGAAUAUCACCUCGUCAAGCUUUGGAGUAUGCGGUGACUGUCGACGAUACUGGUCAUGUCUUUUUUCGACAACCACAAAUUAUAUAGAUGCCCCGAUUCAACACGGGGUUUGUACCAUAGCCGCGCGUGUAUAGGACUCGAGAGUUCCCUACCUAUGACGUGUUUACAAACAUUGAGCAAGGUACCGUUGUCCAAGAU